UACAGAUUUGUCUGCCUCAUGAACUUCUCGGAAAAAUAAAAGGAUGGUCAGCUAGUGCAGUAAGCGGAACGAGAGACAAAUUAAAUCAAAAAGAGAAAACCUAUUGAUUCAGAUACCAAAACUAAUCUGAUACAUAGUGUAGUAAAAGAUCAUUUACCAAUUUAUUAAGUAUUAAUUUUAUUAUCAUUGCCUAGGCAGCCAUUAUUCAUAAGGUUAAAUAUUCAUCUGCUAAACACAUAUUAAGAAAUUACUACAGUGAUACUGCUAAUUAUUUCUCAGCACAGAAGAAGAGAAGAAGAAAGAUAAUAUGUGGAGGAGCCUCGAUCUUAGUAAACUCUAACACUGGAGAUAUCAUAUUAUAUUCCUAGUAAAGUUAACCGAUUCCAUAUUUAAACAAUGGUGUCAAUGCCUAAAUCAAAUAAAAAGUUCUUGAUAAUUUAAGCUUAUCUAUCAAUUCAGAACUCACUUACAAAAACUCUUAAAAGUUUUUAAUGAAAUAAAAUUUUAAGUCCAUAAAAUAAGAUAUUAAAGAUGAGAAAAUAGAAGACAAACUAUUGUCUCUUUUGAGGACACUUAAUAAAUAACACAAAGAAAUGGUUUCAUGAUAUCAAUU